AUGAAACCUUUCAUUGAGAAGCAUCGGAAACAACUUGAACAAGAUUGGAAAGAAAAAGAAAUGGAUGAGAGGAAGGGAAGAAGUAGAUAUUAUUCGGAUUUGUUUACCUUAAUUCUAGGAGUUGCUGUAAUUGGAAUUGGAGUUGUUUUAUUUAAUGGAUUUACAAAACCAAGUGAAGACGAAGAGCAAGUGAAAGCCAUCACUGCAAAUUAUGAUGAUACUGUUUAUGAUCCUCAACGUCCUUUUGUGCAAUAA